AAAAUCACGUCAUAGGCAAUACGCCCUCCUUUUGGCAUCUACAGUAGUACUGAUUUGCGCUACUUUUAACUUCAUUGUGUACUUUCGGGUGCAAGUUCUCUGCCAUCGUCUUGAGUCCCCACUCUGGGGCCCUCUGCAUGAGUGACACAUCAGUCUGCCAUGGAACCUGGCCCUGCACUGGCCUGGCUUCUGCUCCUGAGCCUGCUGGCUGAUUGUUUGAAAGCUGCUCAGUCCCGAGACUUCACGGUGAAAGACAUUAUCUAUCUCCACCCUUCAACCACCCCAUAUCCUGGUGGAUUUAAAUGUUUCACCUGUGAAAAGGCAGCAGACAAUUAUGAAUGCAACCGAUGGGCUCCUGACAUCUUCUGUCCUCGAGAGACUCGAUAUUGCUACACUCAACACACAAUGGAAGUCACAGGAAACAGCAUCUCUGUCACCAAACGCUGUGUCCCAUUGGAAGAAUGCUUGUCCACUGGCUGCAGAGACUCAGAGCAUGAAGGCCACAAGGUCUGCACCUCCUGCUGCGAAGGAAAUAUCUGUAACUUGCCACUCCCUCGAAAUGAAACUGAUGCCACAUUUGCCACGACGUCCCCUAUAAAUCAGACAAAUGGACACCCACACUGCAUGUCGGUGAUUGUGUCCUGCUUGUGGGUGUGGUUAGGACUCACAUUAUAGCAGCUCAACAGUGCCAUAUUAGCAAUGAUCUUUGGGAUCUUGAUGAUCCAGUCAUGCACGAGUCAUUGGCCAGACAGUAAUUCCACAUAUGAGACCACUGCACUCAUGAACAUUACUACAGCCAGGCGUUGGCAUUACCAUGAAGAACAAGCAUCAUUCCAAUGUUGUCAUUUCGAGUCAACCCAAGAACCCAUCAAAAUUAGCCUGCCCACAACGUAGACCCUGAGUUCUAUACCACACACCUUUGUUUUCACCCCACAAAAUAGUUAUUUCUUAUUGUGAUCUGAGGUUCUUGGUUUAGAAUUUGUGCAUGAGCUGCAGGAGGUCCUAGAAUCCUUUGAGAUGUUAGAAAUAUGUUAUAUCGAUUUUUUUUUACAAGAAAGAUAACCACUGGUUUAAUUACAAUGAUUUAUUCCCUUAUAGCUUCAGAACUUUAAAACUACAAACCCCAAAGGAAUGGGCUAUUUCCUUUGAGAUUCUGACUGAGUCCCUGGAAGAAGAGUAAGCAGUUUGCUCAAUUUAAUUUUCCCAGCCUUCACCUUUCAUUGCUAAGAAUCAUAUUUUCUGUUUCAUGUGGAAGAUUAAAAGGAUAUGGUAAAAUCUUGGUGUAUUUGUUGGGAUGGCUAGAGAAGGAUUUUCCCCAACUUAAGGAAACCAACAUCCAUAAAGUAGCUAUGUUUAUCCCUUCGUGUAACUGGUGAGAUUGGCUUUGACAUGUGACCUAAUCAUGCUGUAUGAGAACCUCCAUUCCACCUGCACCAUUGGUGUACAGAGAGUCCCAAAAGACCAUGGAGUUAUUUUCUCCAGGUGUUGGGUGCUAUUCUGGCAUGGGUAAUCUAGACAGAGCCUUCAGGAAUGAAAGGCAGAAUAUGGAGGUUAGUCCAAGUUCAUUUUGAAGGCCCAGAAGUGGUUCCUCCAGUUUAUGCCUCCAUUUGCAGUACUCACUGUCAAAGAGCCCUCUCCUUCCAAAUCCCUAGUGACAUUAGGGUUCUGCAUUAAAUUCUCUCUGGACCAAUAGAGAAAUACAGCAUAACAUAGUAGGAUGGAAAAAAAGGUAGUUGUAAGACUAGUAAGGAAACACAAUGGUAAAUUUUUAUUUCUUUUAGAUACUGCUUUUAAAGUAAAGGAUAAAAUUCACCUUCCUAUAUUCCUGGCACCUAAAGUGAUAAUUUUUCUUCUUUCUUGUAAAUCCUUUAAACAAUAUUUAUUUUUGUAUGGUAUAACUGGAACCUAAAAUAUAUUCUAAAUAUUCUUUAUUCUGAACAAAAUGAUCAAAUUAGAAUAGCUAUUUUUCAACUGGUAGAGGUAGAGAUUGUAAUAUAUGUUUAUGGAAUGUUAUCUGUAACACCAAGGUUGUGGGCAAGAGUCAUAUGUUUACCUCAAGGAUUUUGCUAAUGGCUUUCUCAGUGGUAUUAUUUGAGAAGUAUUCAAGUGGAGACCAUCACUGGUCAGAAUUUCUGGGCGAGGCUAUAAGGUAUCUUCCCACAGAUCUCAGUGGAGCCAUGGCUGAUAAAGAAGUCAGUUUUGUUGGUCUCCAUCUGCCCUGCACAGGAAACCAUCCCUGGCUCAUAGAAUGAGACCCCUUCAGGGAUCAAAUAGGAAAUAACAUCAGUCACUCUGAUUAAGAGUAGUCUAAAUUGUGUCACAUAGCCUUAAUGCAGAGUCUGGCAGGCUUAUUAAUUUGUUACUGAUAAUUGGGGUUGGGAGAGUAAACAGAGAGAAAGCAAGAUAUUUAUUUAGCACCACCUAUGUGCCAGGCACUAGGCUAAGCACUUUACAUAGUUACAUAUAAUCCCUACGAGAACUCCAUAAGGAAUAUUAUUAGCAUUUACAAUUCACAAAUGUAGGUACUGAGGCUCAAAGAAGCUCAAUAAAUGAAACCCUUUCCUUCAGAUAUAGAUGAUGUGAGAUGAAGCAGGAUUGAAAAGGCAAGGAAAGUGGAGUUACCCUUACAGGAAAACUUCCAGGCCUCGCUUCAUGGAAAUUUGUUCAUCUUAUCACGUGGAGCUUAUCUCAUCCUGCCUGUGCAGGGUGCCAUCUGCAUGUGUUCCCCAGUUGAUGUCUUUGCUUUGGAAAGUGAGGGUAUAGCCUUUUCAUUUAUACCUCUUGCUAAAGGAGGAGAUAGUUGAUAUUGCAUCAGAAGAUGCUGUAAGACAGUGGUGAUUUGAUGUUGUACAUAUUCACAAGUACCAUCUUUGUGCAUGGUCACACUCCACUGAAUGUAAUUCUGAACAGGAGAUGAGAAGGUGACUACACCAAAGCCUCCCUGGCAGGGGAUGGGGUCAGGUCAGAAGCUGCACCACCCAGGGUGCUAAUGCAAACUGCACAGAUGUGCUGCAUGCAUCCCAAUGAAAUGGUUUGUUCACUGUCCCUGGCCUCCAGGAACCAAGAAAGGGCCAUUCGUGUGAAAAAUCCAGGGCCGAUUGGCCAUCUGACUUUUCUACCACAUUAAACUUUCCUUUAAAUCUCACCAUUGGUGACAGCUUGACGUGCAAAGAGCCAUGAUGUGUAUAUUAACCUAUGUGUCACAUAUUUAUUUUUAGACUCCCCUCAACAUUCAUGUAAAGACAUUAAUGCCUAAAUGUAAAUAUUGUACAUUUUGUAAAUCAAUUAAUAAAUGUUUUAAGUGUACCUCACCAGGCUUCUUCCUGCAAAUGCAUAUGUAAAUCAAUGAUUAAGACACUUGGGUUCUGUACAAGGCAGUGGGCCUUCCUUCCAGGAGCUUAGUUUCUGGUUCUACAGGAAAAAAAAAAUACAUGCAUGUAAAGAUGUAAGAUGAUUCACCCAUGCCAUGUGAUUCAUACAGAUUGUAAGUGCUGUAGAAAAAAAAUCAAAGAAGAAAA